UAGAGCAGUGCUGGUUUGGGCAGCGUCUCCUACGACCUGCAGCACAGACUCAUUUCUCUACACACCAGCUCUGAGUGGACGCUCAGGAGGGGUGUGUGAGAUAUUAGGGCGCUGUGAGUGGGGGAGGACGCCGAGGGGACUUCUGCCAUCCACGGACAAAGAGCCAGCAGUGACGACUAUGGGCAAAUCAGAAAGUCAAAUGGACAUCAUGGAGAAAUCUAGUGGACGCCGUCGUUGGACUGUCGCUGAGAUCGGUCUGUCCGUCCUGCUGCUGUUGGUCAGCUGUGCCUUGACCGGACUGGUGGUCCUCUACACGUCUGUUCUGAGAGAACCGUCCCACAGGCCGGGGGUGUUACAGCGCUCGGCGGGAACAGACCAACCGUUCCGCUCCCACCUCGGCCACGUGUGCACAACUGCAGACUGCGUGACUUCAGCUGCUCGUCUGCUGCAAAACAUGGACCGCUCUGUCCAGCCCUGUGAGAACUUCUACCAGUACGCCUGCGGGGGGUGGCUGGAGCGCCAUGUCAUCCCGGAGACCAGCUCCCGUCACAGUGUCUUCGACAUUCUGAGGGACAAGCUGGAGAUUGUCCUCAAAGGAGUUCUGGAGACGGAGAGCGGCGAGGACAGGGAGGCGGUGAGGAAGGCCAAGGUCCUCUACAGCUCCUGCAUGAACGAAAGCCUCAUAGAGCAGCGCGACUCUCAGCCUCUCCUCAAACUCAUCCACAGCAUCGGAGACUGGCCUGUGGCCUCGGACGACUGGAACCUGACCUCAGAGGAGUCCUGGAGUCUGGAGGACACUCUGGCCAAACUCACCGCUCGCUUCCACAAGAAGGUCCUGCUGGACAUGUUCGUUUGGACGGACGACCAGGACUCUCAGAGGCACAUCAUUUAUAUCGACCAGCCAGGACUGGGGAUGCCAUCAAGAGAUUAUUAUUUCAACGAUGGAAACUUCAAAAAGGUGCGUGAGGCCUAUCUCCACUUCAUGGUGUCCAUCGCCAAGAUGACCAGAGAGGACCGCAACCUGACUCUGGACGACGAGCGCGUCUGGGAGGAAAUGACACGAGUGCUGGAGCUGGAGACAGACAUCGCCAAUGCCACGACUCCUGUGGAGGAGCGACAGGACGUCACUGUUCUCUACAACAAGAUGACGGUGGCUGAACUUCAGAGUUCCUUCAGCUUCAACGGAUUUAACUGGACCAGAUUCAUUCAGGGCGUUUUGUCCAGCGUUUCCAUUGAGGUCCAGCAGGACGAGGAGGUGGUGGUGUACAGCUCCCCCUACCUGGAGAAGAUGAACGACGUUCUUUCCCGACACAGCGUCAGAACCGUCCAGAACUACCUCACCUGGCAGCUCGUCAUCGACAGAGUCAACAGUUUGAGUCGCCGCUUCAAAGAGGCCAGAGCUUGUUACAAGAAGACUCUCUACGGGACCACGGUGGAGGACGCCUGGUGGCGAGAAUGUGUCCGAUACGUACAAAACAGCAUGGAGAACGCAGUGGGGGCGCUGUACGUGCGUGAGACCUUCGCCGGAGAAAGUAAACGAAUGGUCAGUGACCUCAUCAGGAAGAUCCAGGAAGCGUACGUGGAGACUCUGGAGGAGCUGAGCUGGAUGGACACUCCCUCCAAGGACAGAGCCAGAGAGAAGGCCAUGGCCAUCAAGGAGCACAUAGGUUACCCAGACCACAUUCUACAGGAGAACAACCUGAAACUGGACCAGGAAUAUUCUCAUCUGAACUUCAGUGAAGAACUCUACUUUGAGAACAUCCUGGAGAACCUGAAGUCAGAAGCUCACAAAAGCCUCAAGAAGCUGAGAGAGCCGGUGGAUCCAGAUCUGUGGAUCAUCGGUGCCACCGUGGUCAAUGCCUUCUACUCCCCCAACAGGAACCAGAUCGUGUUUCCUGCAGGAAUUCUGCAGCCGCCGUUCUUCAGCAAACACCAGCACCAGGCCCUCAACUUUGGGGGGAUCGGGAUGGUCAUCGGACACGAGAUCACUCAUGGAUUUGACGACAACGGUCGUAAUUACGACAAAGACGGAAACAUGCUGAACUGGUGGAGCAACUUCUCGGCGGAACAUUUCAAAGAGCAGUCUCAGUGCAUGGUGCAACAGUACGGCAACUUCAACUGGAAGCUAGCAGGAGGGCAAAAUGUCAGUGGGAUCAGCACACUGGGGGAGAACAUCGCCGACAACGGAGGAGUUCGUCAGGCCUACAAGGCGUAUCUGAAGUGGAUGGAGAAGGAGGGGGAGGAGCCUAGUCUCCCUGGUCUGGACCUGGACCACAGGCAGCUGUUCUUCCUAAACUUUGCUCAAGUUUGGUGCGGUGCUUAUCGGCCUGAGUAUGCCAGCCAGUCCAUUAAAACGGACUCACACAGCCCCCUGGAGUACAGGGUCCUCGGCUCUCUGCAGAAUUUCGAAGCCUUUUCAGAAGCUUUCCAGUGUCGGAAAGGAAGCCCGAUGAACCCGGAGCUGAAAUGUCGCGUCUGGUAGAAAGAUUUAAAUGUGUCUCUGAAUCCUUACACUGGUUUAGUUUAAAGGUGAGGUCCACGUUUAUUAGAACGGCUUGGAAAAUGUUUUUAAAAAUAUCAGUUGAGUUUCCUCCAGAAACCACCGUGUUCCUUCUGUUUCCCAUGUUGUUUGAUAAAAAAGGAAGGAAAAUAAAAAUGACUUGAUUUGAUUGAUGAACAAAGAUUUCUCAAAGCCAAAUUCAGAGAAAUCUCGUGUUCAGAUCUUCAGCUGAGGGAGUUUAGAUCCAAGUGAAAUGAAGCCACCAUGGAAUCAGUCGAAGCAAGAGAUUUGAUUGGCUGAGUUUCAAGGAAACAGAAUUACCUUCAGACUUUGAGACUGUUCAAUCUGUGCAGCUGUAAAUGUAUUGUUAUUAUUACACACAUAUAUAUAUAUAUUAUAGUACCUUAAUUACAUAUAUAUAUACAUCAGCGUUCAUCUUCACUGCCGUUCUCAGACGACUGUGAACUCUCAGCUGCUUCAUUUUUUCAUCAGGAAAAUUUCUCAUAAAAAGAAUUCCUGUUGAAAACUUUCAUCGUGGAGAAAAGUCGUUUCUUUCAGUUCAGUUUCCAGAGAGGAGACUUGAACACAGUGAUUAGCAGAUAAUUAACCUCGGGGGCAAAGACAAUUACAUGCU